GCUCGGCAACAAGAAGUUGGCCCAGGAUUUGCCGGCCAGCAGUUGCGCAACUUUAUUUAUUGAGGUAGGCACCACGAUUAUCUGCGAGAUGCUCGGGCAUCUGAGGAGCUUGUUCCGGAGGGCUGAAAGCGCGCAGUUCAAAGUUCAAAGAUGCCCGGUCAACCGGUUUGUAUCUGGACCAGCCUGUCUUCGCCUGGACCUUGGGAUCAUCUUCUCCGGUGGACUGGCAUCCGCAUCUCCUCGAGAUCUUCUCGGCGGGACGUUGAUCACUUGGCCAGUCAGUUGUGUUUGAACUUUCAUUCGGUCGCGUCGCGUUCGCUGUUGUUCAUUUCUUUUUCGGGCUUUGGUUAUUUGUUGAGCCGAAAAGAUCUGAUCGCUUGUUUUUCGUUUUUGUGGGAUUUCUGUUAAUUUUUGAUAUUGUUAAAAAAGAACACUGUUUUUGUUAAAUUUUCGUUAAAUAAUCGUUUUUUAAUUUAUUUGUGUUUGAUAUUGGGUUGAAGCUUAUUAAGCAUACUUAUUUUGCAUCAAAAAGACAUUCCUUGAAAUCCCACCAAACGAAGAAUAGAUUACAGCUGAAAUUCCAAUUUCACACAAAAUUCUUCCCCUAUCAACCAAUGCAAUCGAUUAUCGUUGGGACUUGGCUUUGAUUGUGCGAGUUUUUCAGUCAGUUAAAAAGUGUGUACUUGAGUUUGGCCCUUGAAAAGCUUGCACCAUGGAGCACUCGAAUGGCAGUCGCAAGGGGAGUAGAGAUCAGUCCGACCCACCUCAACCACAGUCCUCGGGGACGAUUCCCCCAUCGGAAAGCUGGAGCGGCAAGAGGAAGCUCUAUGCCAUCGAUGAGCGCGAGGAGAGUUCCCCGGUGACUGUGGGCAAGGCGGAGGCGGAUCUGGCCUACGAUGCGGAUGUGGACGAGCUGGUGGAGCAGCCGACAGGUGAGCGCGAGAUCAUCUACGAGCUGUUUCAGCCAUGGGCCCUCAGCACAUACGGCGAUCAGGCCAAGACCAAAACGAUUACGCUGCGCAAAAAGGCGCGGAUUCUGAAGGCCUUGGAGGGCAAGGAGCACAGUCGUCCGGACAGCUCCAAGUUCCGCUUCUGGGUGAAGACAAAGGGUUUCACCACCAACCGACCUGAUGGCUUUGAAGAAGCUCCCGGCAGUCGACGCCGAUUGAAACCUCUUCCCAGUUCAGCCAUUUUGUCGGAUAAUCCCGGCGAUGUGGAUCUCUUUGCCGCUUCCACCAGCAAGGGUUUCGGUCGCCGAACUUAUCGCAAAGUGGCUUGUGUGGAGGAGUUCUUUGACAUCAUCUACAAUGUCCACAUGGAACUGGGAGGCCGCAGUGGCAUGCACGCGGGUCAAAAGCGCACCUACCGCAUUAUAACCGAAACUUAUGCGUUUUUGCCCCGCGAGGCAGUCACCCGCUUCCUGACCAUUUGUCCCGAGUGCAAGAAGAACCUGCGACCCUCGUCGCCGUCGGGAGGCGGAAAGGACUCCGAUCUGGCAGGAAACGAAAGCUCCUCGGAAGUGGAGACCUAUCUGAACUACUCAUCGCACACGGAGAGUUCUUUGGAGGCGGGACCCACGGCAAAGCGCCGCCGGCACUCGAGUGCCGAUCUAAAGGCCUCUUUGCCAGCGGUUGCCGGUGGUUCUGGCCUCGGAGUGGGCGUGGCUGGGGUCGGCACCGGCCUGGCCAGCAGUUCCAGUGCCAGCCAGCUGGAUGUCCUGGGGACAGGACCGCCGGCGAGCCCCAAGCCACCACAGGCGGUGCAGGCGGCUGUUGAUACCACGCCGGUUAGCGUGGCCAAAAUCCGGGUGAAGGCCCAGCUGCAGCGUCCCUCCAGUCCAGCAGAUCAGUCCCUAGUCGAACCCAAACUAAAUCUAAGUCCUACUCCCCAAACUCAAUCCCAAUCUCAGUCCCAGAACCAGAACCCAACCAAUCCCCAAAGCUUUGAUGCACAGCUGCUGAAGUCGCGGGAUAAUCUACUGCGAUACUAUGACUUCAUGCGGCGCUUCUAUGCCGGCGAACCGGUUUUAGCGCCGCCUCUUUACGGCAGCAGCCUGUUGCAGAGCCUCAGCUAUCCAACCACCACCUCGACAACCCCUACGACCCCUUCUGCCACCACCUCAGUCCCUGCAAAGAUGCUGGCCCCUCCCAAGGCGGCCACUCCGCCACCCAAUCCUUCGAAAAUCAAGACCUCACCUGACAGUUCGAUGAGGGCACGCUCACCGGCGCCUUCAACAGCCCCGAAUACCGCCACCGCCGCCAAGGAUAACACCCUCACACCGAUCAAUCUAACGAAAUCUAUAUUUUCCAGCCUGAAAGCCGGACAGCCAGCUUCCACAUCGACUCCAGUUCCGCUCAAGCUGGAGCUGCCCAGUCCGCCGAAACCGCUGCCCGAACUUCGGAUUCCCCAACUGCGAGGCAUUCCUCCGGCGGAAUUGUCCCUGCCGCUGCCACCGUUGGACUUGGAGCGAUUGAAGCCCAUCACCUCGACCUACUUGCAACUAACGCGCAGCAUGGGACUCAGCGAUGAGGAUGCCUUGCGAUUCGACAAUCUGUUUCUCUUUUCUCUGACAUGCUUGGCUUAUAAAUGUAACCCAACUAACGCAAUGCUAACGAGCGAGAAAGACAAUGACAGAAAAACACUCUUGUCGGCCGAACCAAUACCACCACGCAAUCAGCCACACGAACAACUACUACCAACAAAUCAUCCAUAGCCACAAUGCUUUCGGCCACCAAAUGCGUUUUGCAAUGAGCUGCGCACAAAAUUAUGCAAUAGUUUUUUUACGUAUUUUAAUCAUUCCGCCGUGAAAUUCCAAUUGAAUUUCUCGUUCCCGCUUCCCUUUUGUGCUUUGGUUUUUUAUAAUUUUGAUCUCUUAAUGCUUGAAUUAUUUUUGGCUGCAAUUAUUUUUUGUCUGCUAAAAUUAUGUUGUUAACCAUGCUUAGUCCACUAAUGUUAUUAUUUUAAUAUUAUUUCGUUGAUUUUUAUUAUCGCAAUUUUAUUUUUCCUUUCUUUUUAAUUUUUUACAGCUCAGUUGUUAGCGAAAACAAAAAAAAAAUGUUGUUAUAAAUUAGCUAUACAAAACUAUUAAUGCUUUUUUAAUUAAUUUGGCCAACGAUCUGAAAUAAAGAAUAUUUAAUUUCCAAAAUGUAUGUAUGCGAGUAGUUUUUGAAUAAUUUAGAGAGCUUUGUAGUUGCUUAUAUAAUUAUAGGUGCGAAUAUUGUUACAGGUAAGUCAACGAAUCA